AUGACUUUUAUGUUGUGCUGUUUUUGGGCUCAAUGGAUUGAAGCAGCGGCUGCUAAGAUUAUUAUGAUGCCUUAUCAAUAUGGAGUUUUAUUGGUGGGAGGUAUGAAGCUCCAAGCUCCAAAAAAUGUUCAUAAUUUAUUUUCCAGAAUCUAAUAAAAGUCACACUUCUUGGUGGACUUCUGAUCCUUUGGAAAUGGUCAAAAUCACAAAUUUUCAAGAGAUUUUGCCACUUUUCAUCGCUUCACUUUUGAAUUGGCACUACGCAUUUUCAAUGUUGUUGGGAGUUGCGACAACUGGAAUUGAACGGAUUUUUGCGACCUAUUAUAUACAGUAAGUUCAAAACUCUUGCUCAUUUUAAGUUUUUUUCAGUGAUUAUGAAAGCACUUCCCGCAAACACAUUCCAAUAUUUCUCGUGAUUUUCACCCAUCUCAUCACAGUUCCAUGUGCAUAUUUUAUGACCUACAACAAGAUACCGUAUGUAGUUGGGUACGGUAUGGUGAUCGUUUUGAUGGCUUUUGUUUUUGUGGUUAGUUUUUUCGGGAUUUGAUUGUAAGCAAAACGUUUCAACAAAAUAUACCAAAAAGUUUUCGAAUAGCGUUCAGUUCAUUCAAAAAAAUUUUUGACAAUAGCUUCGCUACCGCCCGCAAGCGAUAAACACACAAAACACGCGAAUAUAUAAAUUUCUGGUGUGGUCGACGGUUGACGGGUUGUGCGCGUCGCCACUGUUUGUGUACAAAAGGGGCGGGGCUUAAUUGAGAGAUCGCGUUUUUUCGCUUCAAAAUCAAGUUUUCAAGUGAAAUUUGAUGAAGAGUAUGGUUUCUUAACUGGAUAAAUGGUAUUGUAAAAUGAUUGCUUGAAAAUUUUUACAGUGUGAACUUUUUAAAAAUUCGCUGAAAAUCCACGUGGCAAAAAAAGUCAACAAAUUUAUGAGAUGUUCUUUAACCAUUAAAAACACUUCCUGGUGUUCUACAAUAAGCAUAUCCAACAUCUUCAGGAGGUUUGAAGCAUUUUGUGCCCAAACCAUGACAAUCUGAAUCCUGAGAGCAUUGUGCACUUUUUCCGUUUUUUGCUUGAGCCAAGGCUGUUUGAGAGAACAAUAAGAGCUCUAAAAUGGCUAGAAAAAUAUUCAUUUUUCCUUGUUUUUUUCAAAUAAUGUGAAUUUUGUUUUUAUAUAGAAUUCUCUAAUCCGAUCAUAGAUUUUUAUUGAUUUUUCAAAAUUUUGAUCAUACUUUGUGUAUCUUACAUGUGACACUAACAAUAAAAAAAAAGAAAAAAAAAUCAAAAAAUCACGCCUUGUUUGUAUUACACAAACACUUCGUUAUUAUUUUUCGCGGAAGACAAAAUCGAUGUUCAACAAAAUAUUUUUCGUCUUAUUAUUUCUAACUAUUCUGCAAUGUGAGGCAAAAAGAUGUUCAAGCGACAAAGAUUGCGAUUCGUCGAAAAAAGAGGUUUGCGCAACUUCGAAUGAUUUUGGAAAAGAAAUUCGGACUUGUGAACAAACUUGUCAGCAGGAUUCGGAUUGUCCAUAUUCGUAUUGGUGUCGAAAAUCGAGUCCGUAUAAUUUGUGUGAACUUCAUUUGUGA